AUGGCGUCAGGAAGUCGCGAAUCAGGUGCUGGGUAUCAGGUUCGUUGGAUGAGGCUCGUCCCAUAUCUCGGCUACCACCACGUCCUCAUGAUACUCCUCUCCGUCUCCAUAAUCCUCCUCUCGAUCCUCCUAGCGGGAUGUACCACGCCUGGUCUCACAAACGUCUAUCUACUCGGACUCUCCUACAAGCCCUCAGCGUCUCACCCAGAUCCGGCGCAAGUAAACAUCAAUCUCACAACUAGCUUCUCACAAAUAGUCUCUAAUGGUAGUAACUCCCCCUUGGCGGAGGUACGCGUAGGCUACAUGGGGAUCUGCAUCAAAGAAUCAUCCGGCCUGUGGAUCUGCUCAUCUAGCGCGAAUGGCCUGGCCAAUAUCGUGAAAGAGCGGAGGACAGGCGGCAAUGACGAUCCGUUGAAUCUGAUUUGGAUUGCGAAGAGGUUCAAGGGACAGGUUAUUUGGAGUGGGUUGCUAUUCCUCUCCAUCCCCCUCGGCGUUAUAGUUUUCUUAUGUCUCGCGACAUUCCCCGGCUGGCACGAAGAAACCGAUGGCGAAGGCAGCGAUCGCGAAGUCAAACCCUUUCCCUCGCGACCAGUGUCCCAGAUCGCUCUCGCUUUCUGUGUAGCUGCUUCCCUGGUAUCUUUCAUCGCAAUCCUGUGGCAGCAUAUUGUGAGCUCUGCCGCUGGGAUCAUGGGUGAGGGGUUGAGCUACGGAAGUAUCAGUGCGCAUGUUGGGAGUGUGGCCAUGGUUUUGGGGUGGGGCGGGUUCUUUGUGAAUACAAUUGUGGCGAUCGGGUUGUUGGUUAUGAUUUUGAGUAUUAAGGUGUUAGCAGAAACUUUUGGUUGA